UACCCUGACCUGGCUUGUAACCAGCUCAGUCUACAUAUAAAGAGAAAGUUCCGACUGUUGAGGUGGCUUUCAUCACUCAGAGCAGUCGUUCGUGCGGUUCUGUGCAGGCUGUCUUGAAACUGCUUUCUUAUGGAUUUGAUCUCUGCUUGUGAACGGGCGAUGACUCCUGUAGGUUUGGACUCAGUUGUUGCAGACUUGGUCUCCAUGUCUCCUAAUGCCACUGCUGUAGGAUCGCCGGGCAUCUCGGUGGCAGCCAGAACCCUGAUGGUGCUUACCUGCCUGCUGCUGGCUGCCUGGAGCCACGCAGAAAAGAAAACUAUACCAGGUCCUUCUUUUUGUCUGGGUUUGGGGCCACUUCUGUCUUAUGUGAGAUUCAUGUGGACUGGCAUAGGCACAGCCAGCAACUACUACAACAACAAGUAUGGUGACAUUGUCAGGGUGUGGAUCAAUGGAGAGGAGACCCUCAUACUUAGCAGGGCAUCAGCGGUACAUCAUGUACUGAAGAAUGGACAUUACACUUCACGCUUUGGGAGCGAGCAGGGACUUCGCUGCAUCGGCAUGAACGAGAAGGGAAUCAUAUUUAACAACAACGUAACUCAGUGGAAAAACAUACGCACCUACUUCAAUAAAGCCCUGACAGGCCCGGGAUUGCAGCAGACAGUUGAGGUUUGCAGCUCCUCCACCCAGACUCACCUGGAUGACCUGGAAAGUCUGGAUCACGUUGAUGUCCUCAGUUUGCUGCGCUGCACCGUGGUCGAUAUCUCCAACAGACUCUUCCUGGGUGUACCUGUAAAUGAGAAAGAGCUGCUCCUGAAGAUUCAGAAGUAUUUUGACACGUGGCAGACUGUGCUGAUCAAACCAGGCCUUUACUUCAAGUUUGGCUGGAUUCACCAGAGGCACAAGACAGCAGCUCAGGAACUGCAAGAUGCCAUAGAGAGCCUUGUAGAACAGAAGAGGAGAGAUAUGGAGCAGGCAGAUAAACUGGACAACAUCAACUUCGCCGCAGAGCUCAUAUUUGCACAGAACCACGGCGAACUGUCCGUCGAGAACGUGAGGCAGUGUGUGUUGGAGAUGGUGAUCGCAGCACCAGACACUCUGUCCAUCAGCCUCUUCUUCAUGCUGCUGCUCCUCAAACAGAAUCCAGAUGUGGAGCUGCGGCUGCUGCAGGAGAUAGACGAGGUCGUUGGUGAGAGACAGCUGCAAAACGGGGACCUCCACAAGCUGCCGGUAUUGGAGAGCUUCAUCAACGAAUGCUUGCGCUUCCACCCCGUGGUGGACUUCACCAUGCGUCGAGCCCUGUCUGACGACAUCAUAGAUGGCUACAGGGUACCAAAGGGCACAAAUAUCAUCCUGAACACUGGCCACAUGCACCGGACAGAGUUCUUCCUCAAACCCAAUGAGUUCAGUUUGGAAAACUUUGAAAGAAAUGCUCCUCGCCGUUACUUCCAGCCGUUCGGUUCUGGACCUCGUGCCUGCGUUGGUAGGCACAUUGCCAUGGUGAUGAUGAAAUCCAUCCUGGUAACACUGCUCUCCCAAUACUCUGUUUGCCCCCAUGAGGGCUUGACCCUGGACUGCCUCCCACAGACCAACAACCUCUCUCAGCAGCCUGUGGAGCAUCAGCAGGACACUGAAAAUCUCAGCAUGAGAUUCUUACCCAGACAGAGAAGUAGCAGGCAGACACUCUGAAGCCUUCUGUUUUCUCUAUUUGUACAUACACAUUUACACAGAAUAUAUAAAUAAACUGUAUUGUCUCCUUUGCAUCUUUUAUAUAAUCUCAUGACUUUACAAAGCCAACUGUUACAUUUAAUAUGCAUUAAAGUCGUAUGUCUACCUGAACUAUUAUGUAUAAUGUGAGCUGUAUGUUUAGAUGUGCUAAUACUGAUGUAGUAAUUUAUUGUGCCAAUAUUGUGUAUUACUGGCUUCAUUUUGGGAUUUUUUUCUGAGUGUCAUGUCAAUAAAAUGUAUUUUGAUUAUUA